CUGAAAAACCACAAGCAGACUGCCAGAGGUGGAUGCUUUAGUCAGAAGAGGAGGCUUGCAGUGGGAUUGUCUGAGCACUCUGAAACUUCAGACCUCCCCUGAAGACAGAUGGCGCAGUCACCUGUUGCCGGCACUGUGAUGUCCGGGGAGAUGGACAAACCGCUCAUCAGUCGCCGCCUGGUGGACAGUGAUGGCAGUCUGGCUGAGGUCCCCAAGGAGGCUCCCAAAGUGGGCAUCCUGGGCAGCGGGGAUUUUGCCCGGUCCCUGGCCACACGCCUGGUGGGCUCUGGCUUCAGUGUGGUGGUGGGAAGCCGUAACCCCAAACGCACUGCUGGCCUCUUCCCCUCCUUAGCCCAAGUGACUUUCCAGGAGGAGGCCGUGAGCUCUCCAGAGGUCAUCUUUGUGGCCAUGUUCCGGGAGCACUACUCCUCACUGUGCAGUCUUGCUGACCAGUUGGCUGGCAAGAUCCUAGUGGAUGUAAGCAACCCCACUGAGAAGGAGCGUCUUCAGCACCACCAGUCGAAUGCUGAGUACCUGGCCUCCCUCUUCCCUGCCUGCACUGUGGUCAAGGCCUUCAACGUCAUCUCUGCAUGGGCCCUACAGGCUGGCCCAAGGGAUGGGAACAGGCAGGUGCUCAUCUGCGGUGACCAGCUGGAAGCCAAGCACACCGUCUCAGAGAUGGCGCGUGCCAUGGGUUUCACCCCACUGGACAUGGGAUCCCUGGCCUCAGCGAGGGAGGUAGAGGCCAUACCCCUGCGCCUCCUUCCAUCCUGGAAGGUGCCCACCCUCCUGGCCCUGGGGCUCUUUGUGUGCUUCUAUGCCUACAACUUCAUCCGGGACGUUCUACAGCCAUACAUCCGGAAAGAUGAGAACAAGUUCUACAAGAUGCCCCUGUCUGUGGUCAACACCACGCUACCCUGUGUGGCUUACGUGCUGCUGUCCCUGGUUUACCUGCCUGGUGUGCUGGCAGCUGCCCUUCAGCUGAGGAGGGGAACCAAGUACCAGCGCUUCCCAGACUGGCUGGACCACUGGCUGCAGCACCGCAAGCAGAUCGGGCUACUCAGCUUCUUCUUCGCCAUGCUGCACGCUCUCUACAGCUUCUGCCUGCCGCUGCGCCGCUCCAACCGCUAUGAUCUGGUCAACCUGGCUGUGAAGCAGGUCCUGGCCAACAAGAGCCGCCUCUGGGUUGAGGAAGAAGUCUGGCGGAUGGAGAUAUACCUGUCCCUGGGUGUGCUGGCUCUGGGCAUGCUGUCACUGCUGGCGGUCACCUCGCUCCCUUCCAUUGCAAACUCACUCAACUGGAAGGAGUUCAGCUUUGUGCAGUCCACGCUGGGCUUCGUGGCCCUGAUGCUGAGCACAAUGCACACCCUCACCUAUGGCUGGACCCGUGCCUUUGAGGAAAACCACUACAAGUUCUACCUGCCGCCCACAUUCACGCUCACGCUGCUCCUGCCCUGUGUCAUCAUCCUGGCCAAGGGUCUCUUCCUCCUGCCCUGCCUCAGCCACAGACUCGCCAAGAUCCGCAGGGGCUGGGAGAGGGAUGGUGCUGUCAAGUUCAUGCUGCCUGCUGGCCACACACAGGGGGAGAAAACAAGCCACGUGUGAGGCCCUGGAAAUGGAGACAGGCACAGCUUGUGGGGGCCCUGGGCUGGGUUCGGGUCUCUUUUCUGUGAUGGUAUAUGCGUGGGUGGCCGAGGUCUGAAUUUCUGGGAUGCAGGUGUAUGCCGAGAUACUCAGAAUGGCGUACCACACAUGCGAUAAGUACUCACAUAUAUUUCAUAUAAUAGGAUUUACUAUUAUUCUUACUUAGUUAAAAAAAAUAGUGGGUCCUUAUAUUUCAACUUAUGCAGGGUCCCUAUAUUUCAACUUGAGCAUUUCAGAGCAAAUGCCACACAUUAAACAGCAGAUCCCACCCUUGUGGUAUCUGCAGAGACAGACAGACACUUCUGGUAUGAGAGAGACUGUAUUUUGUUGGAUUCUACCUUUAAUCCCUGUUCUCUACAUUCCCUGUUAGCCACAUCCUAACGUUGGUGCAGAGCUGAGGCAAGAGCUGGCUCUGGUGCAGCCUCCCCCAUCCCAGGGCUAGGAAACAAGCCUCUGAUGAACAGAGGGACCAGGUCUGGACCCUCCUGCUCCCGCUUCCCUGGGCUCUCGUGGGGAGGCUCAGCGGGAUCCCCCGCAAUCUGUGCAGGAGCUUUCGCAGGUCUGUCCUUUCUUCCGGGAGCGGUCUGAAGUGGCCCCAUCUGAUCCUAGCUGAGCCGAGAUUGUUCCCCACUCCCUGAAAGUCCAGAGUCACCGUGGAGCCUGCAAAUUGCUCCUUCUGCGAAGGUGUGAAGUCACCACCUCACCAGAGCCAUUAACGAACCUGAUCUUCAGAAGAAGUAUAAUUGUUUCCCCUCCAUUAAGUUGGUGGUGACCCUCUUUAAACCACUGUGCCUUCUCGCCUUUCCCAUCACUAAUUUGGACAUCUCCAUGGAGUGGACUCUUGUCGGGGCAAUUCAGGGGGGAGGGAAGCAUUAGAGAUUGGGAGAAUAACCAUCGUUCCCAGGCCUGCCUUCAUUAAAUUGGUCCCUAAUGAGAAUGACAGGGAUCCCUGUUGCCUGUAGGCAGAGAACCUACCUUCUGAGCACCCAGGAAACACAGUGGCCCCAUGCCCUUCAGGGGGGUCCCACGGCCCCCUUUCCCAUGCUUUUGCCUCCCUCCCUCCCAGUUACCAUCAACCAUAAAAGUCUGCAAAUAUUGUUUUUUGAAUUCUUAAAGAGACCGCAUCCUUUGUUAUUACCAA